CUUAAUUUUAUAUUUUGUUAUAAGAUUAGCUUAAAUAGUACUCGAUUUUGCUACAGGUGGUAAUUGCUUGAGAAGGAGCCAAAGCCUGCUGGAUUUACACUUGACAAAUAAAAACAAUUACAAAAGUAUAAAGGAGUUAAAGAAUAGAGAAAACAAAUCAUGCUUUGAUUUGUUGGGUUACACGUGAGCAUAUAUGGGAAAGUAAUGCUAAUGUCUUUGAAGCAAUGAACUCCAAAAGCCCAUUACGCUCACCACCGCAUCAUAUUCGGCCAAACAAGAGCUACGUUGCUGCCGCUUCUUUAUCACGCUAGAUCAAAGAUACCCUCCCAGAUAAUUCUCUAAAAAUUGGGAAGGAAACCCUGCUUUUCCCCCAUAUUCGUAGGAAGGCAGUUCCGAUAUCUAUGGAAUUUAUCAUAUAUAAAUUGCUGCUCAAACCCACAAAAAAACGGGGAUCCGAAAAUCACACAGAGAGCAAGGAAAUUCGAGUGAGUCGUAAUUGGGCAAUUAGUGAAGAGAAGAUAGCCAUUGGAGGGAAGCUUAGUCUCAAUUCCAAGGUUGAACAAGGUCGACGGUGGAUUGCAAGGUUGAAGCCUAGGUUCUUUCGGAUGUUCUUGGGAGUAUACUUAAUAAGUACAUGAGCGGUGACACACCUAAUUCUAAACUCAAGCGAAUCAGGCAGUAUUUAGAUCAAGAGAGAUCAUUCUAUUCUUUUCAAACCGAUCAACCAGAAGAAUUGAAACCAGAGGAAGUUGAAUCAACAGAAGAUAGUCUAAAAGGAGAGGAAAUGGGUGAAAGAACCUUGAAGGAGAUGGCAGCCCCAAAUACGGGAGAUGAUCCUCUCUGCAUUGUGUUUCCGGAGCUGGACAAACCCCUCAAGCUGAAUUCAGGUUUCCUUAAUCUUCUUCCCAAAUAUUAUGGGAAGUCAGGUGAGAAUCCUCGUCGACAUUUAAAAGAGUUUAAGGUUGUUUGUUCUUCUAUGAAUCUUGAAGGAGUUGAACAGGAUCAUAUUAGAUUGCGUGCUUUUCCUUUUUCUUUGCAAGAUGUGGCUAAAGAUUGGUUGUAUGAUCUUCCUGCUGGAUCAAUUACGACUUGGAAUGUUAUGGCAUCAACUUUUCUAGGAAAGUACUUUCCAGCAAGUCUAAUUGGAUCCAUCAGGAAGGAGAUAUGUGGCAUUAGGAAAAAUGAUAAUGAGUCCUUGUAUGAGUAUUGGGAACGUUUUAAGAGAUUGUGUUCCUCAUGUCCCCAACAUCAGAUUAGUGACCAACUACUAAUUCAAUACUUUUAUGAAGGCCUAUUGCCUACUGAUAGGGGUAUGAUAGAUGCUUUGAGUGGGGGGGCAUUAGUGGAUAAAACACCUAGGGCUUUAAUUUCUAAUAUGGCUCAAAACACCCAACAACAUGGUUCUAGAAAUGAUGUUAAAAGAGUAAAUGGAGUUGAUUUAAGUGGUAUUCAGAAUCAAUUACAAGAAAAUGCUCAACAAAUUGCUACUUUAACUACUCUUGUGUCUAAAAUUGUUGCUAGUAAUGAGUCUAAAGCUAGAGUGUGUGGAAUUUGUUGUAAUGAGUCUCAUCCUACUGAUAAAUGUCCUGAAUUGCAGUCUGAAAAUGUGAAUGCUAUAGGUGGUUAUUCUGGUCAAAGAAAAUAUGAUCCUUACUCACAGACUUAUAAUGAAGGCUGGAAAGACCACCCUAACCUAAGCCCCAUUACAACCAUAUAAAAGUCAUGUUUGAUCUCCUAAUUACACUUUUGGUCCCUUAACGGUGGAGGGUAAGAUUUUGUGCAAGUCGUGACGAGGGUCAUCAAAUUAAGUGAGGCCUGAGCUAAUACGGUUGCGCAUCUAUGAGGGAAGAUUCAAACUUAGGGGAAAAGAAGCGGUAAGAUUGGUUGGUCAACUAGGGUGCUAAAUUCUUGUUUCGUAUUGUUCAAUGAUCCAUGCUUGUUGGUAGUGAUAUAAAAUGUAUUUUGGAUUUCAUAAAAAUAUUCACUUUCCUCAUUGGUUUGGAUUGUCCAAAAUAACUGGGUUUUAUUUCUUUAUUCGCAUAGUGCACCUUAGUGUUGUUUAUUUUGAUCGAGGACGAUCAAACGCUAAGUGUGGGGGAAUUUGAUUAGUGCAUUAUCUACCAUAUAUUUAUCCCCUUAUUUUAGCUAUGUAGUCAUCCUUUAUUUAUUAUUUUGGUUCUUUAAGUUACUUUUAAUAAUUAUAAGUAUAUUUUUCUUAAUUUUAUAUUUUAUUAUAAGAUUAGCUUAAAUAGUACUCGAUUUUGCUACAGGUGGUAAUUGCUUGAGAAGGAGCCAAAGCCUGCUGGAUUUACACUUGACAAAUAAAAACAAUUACAAAAGUAUAAAGGAGUUAAAGAAUAGAGAAAACAAAUCAUGCUUUGAUUUGUUGGGUUACACGUGAGCAUAUAUGGGAAAGUAAUGCUAAUGUCUUUGAAGCAAUGAACUCCAAAAGCCCAUUACGCUCACCACCGCAUCAUAUUCGGCCAAACAAGAGCUACGUUGCUGCCGCUUCUUUAUCACGCUAGAUCAAAUAUACCCUCCCAGAUAAUUCUCUAAAAAUUGGGAAGGAAACCCUGCUUUUCCCCCAUAUUCGUAGGAAGGCAGUUCCGAUAUCUAUGGCAAAAAAAAGGUAGGGUUUAUCAUAUAUAAAUUGCUGCUCAAACCCACAAAAAAAGGGGAUCCGAAAAUCACACAGAGAGCAAGGAAAUUCGAGUGAGUCGUAAUUGGGAAAUUAGUGAAGAGAAGAUAGCCAUUGGAGGGAAGCUUAGUCUCAAUUCCAAGGUUGAACAAGGUCGACGGUGGAUCGCAAGGUUGAAGCCUAGGUUCUUUCGGAUGUUCUUGGGAGUAUACUUAAUAAGUCUUCUUCUUACCCAAUUGUUCAUAUUACUACUUAUUUGAAGUACUUUGUUAAUUUGUUGAGAUACUUUGAUUGAAAUAUUGGUAUUAUUAUUGAUUUAUGGUUAUGAUAUUUUUCAAUUUAAUAA